AAACUAGACUAGACCCUCACACCCCCUCCCCUCGCUAAUCCCCCACCCCGCAUUCCAAAAAAUCUCACGAACCCCACCUAGACUCUACCCCUCCACCACAAACCCAACCCGAACAAACAGCCCAAAAUGACAACCCCCACACACCUCGACCCCUCAGCCCUAGGCACAAAAUCCUACUGGGACACAGCCUACACCACCGAGCGGCAAAACUUCUCCUCCAACGCCGCCGACGAAGGCACGAUAUGGUUCAGCGACGCGGGCGCCGAGGAGCGCAUGCUAGGGUUUCUGGAAGAUUUGGAAGACGAGGGGUGUUUGCGCAAAGAGGACGAUGAAGAUGGAGCGACGAGGUUUCUGGACUUAGGGACGGGGAAUGGACAUUUACUUUUUGCGUUGAGGGAGGAGGGGUGGAGCGGCGGGAUGGUUGGGGUCGAUUACUCUGCGCAGAGUGUUGGGCUUGCGGGGGAGAUUUUGGAUGGGAAGAGGAGGGAUGAGGGGGAGGAGUAUGCGGAUAUUGCGUUUAUGGAGUGGGAUAUCCUAUCGCAGGCGCCUGGGACAUGGCUGGGGGGCGGGUUUGAUGUCGUGCUGGAUAAGGGCACGUUUGAUGCGAUUUGCCUGUCUCAGGAGACGGAUGCGCAGGGGCGGCGUGUGUGUGAGGGGUAUCGGGAGAGGGUUGAGCCGUUGGUGCGGAAGGGGGGUCGGUUCUUGAUUACGAGCUGUAAUUGGACGGAGGAGGAGCUGAGGGGGUGGUUUGAGGGUGAGGGGAGUGGGCUGGAGUUUGAGGGUAAGGUCAAGUAUCCGAGUUUCACGUUUGGGGGCAAGACGGGGUCGAGUGUGGUCACGCUGUGCUUUAAGAGGGUGUGA